GAGGUGAACAAUAUUUCACGCGAUUAGCCCGAUCGAAAGACCACGAAGCCGUGAUGUGCGUGAUGCGCGACACUUACCUAAAGUUCGAACCUUCGAUCGUGAACUUGGGACUUCCCGGGCAAGACCUCUCCCUCCUGGACCAAAUAAUACGCAAAGGAAUGAAGGAGGGUAUGACGAUCGUCGCUCUUCGUCGGAACGACGAGAGGGUCGUUGGCGCGGCGAUCAACACCGGUUCUUGUCCAUGGGACCCUCGAAACCUCGUGUGUCUCGCCGAUCGGUGUCAGUGCGAAUCGAUUCAGAAUCUAUUGAAGUUUUACGCCCACGUAACCGCUUCACCCGACUUGUGGAAAGAAUAUUGCGUUCCAAAGAUAUUCGAAUGCACUUACCUUUCGGUUUCAAACGAGUGUCAAGGUCAAGGAUUGGCCAAAAGGCUCGUUCGGGACAGCUGGCUACUAGCGAGGGAUUGUGGGUACAGAUUGUUCAGGAUCGACUGCACGAGCAGGUACACGGCCAAAAUAGCGAAGAGUUUCGGUUGGAGAUGCGUCUGGAGUAUCCCUUACCAAAAAUACAUGGCCGACGGUAAGCAGGUCUUCCGGCACAUCCGAGCACCCCAUACGAUAGUCGAGGUGUACGUGGACCAGAUAAGAUUUCGCAAGGAUUAUUGCCGACCCUACCCGGUCUGCAGGAAACGAAAGAAGAAAAUUACGACGCCUGAGAUACGAUCGGCGGAUAGGUAAUCGCCUGUAAGACACCUCCUCGCGAUCGUUUUUCUAUUUCCCUCGUCCGUAUGAAUAAAUAAUUCCGAUGCGAAGCGACGGAUAGGUUCAAGUUCAGAUUUUGAAACGUUCUACAUGUGUUCACGUGCGAGGGCACAGGUGGUUAUCAAACUUCACAUCUUCGGGUUGCAAUUAGAGCGACCAGA